ACGGAAACAAACGCUGGUUAUGAUUUGUAUUGGAGCUGUCUGUAUCCACUUAUAAACCACACUCAGCUCUCAUCAUGAUUUGGAAUAUAUAUAUGUAUGUUUUCAUCUUAUGACAUAUUCUUCUUCUCCGUCCAUCUGAGAAAGACAGAAUCCUCCGUCACUAGUACGACCUCAACGAAUCCAUCCACUUGAUCCCUAAGAUGGAAGUGCAAAAUUCUGAACCUGCUCAUGUAAUUGAGGUCCACAGAGAUGUACCAUCCAUUGAACGGAAUCUGGCUGGGAGUAAGAUUUGUGGGGGAGCAGCAUGUGGAUUUUCAGAUGCUGGAACCAGUUCUAAAGAUGCAAAAGAACGAUCAGCGUCCAUGCGGAAGCUUUUGAUUGCAGUUGUGCUUUGUGUUAUCUUUAUGAGUGUAGAAGUUGUUGGUGGCAUCAAAGCCAACAGUCUUGCGAUCUUGACUGACGCUGCUCAUUUGUUAUCAGAUGUUGCAGCAUUUGCAAUAUCCUUGUUUUCACUUUGGGCAUCAGGAUGGGAGGCAACCCCGCGUCAGUCUUAUGGUUUUUUCAGGAUUGAGAUACUUGGCGCACUGAUUUCCAUUCAGAUGAUAUGGCUCCUUGCCGGGAUCCUUGUAUAUGAAGCCAUUGCGAGACUUAUCUAUCACACCGGUAAAGUUCAGGGUUUUCUUAUGUUUGUUGUCUCUGCGUUUGGUUUGGUGGUUAAUAUUGUCAUGGCACUCUUGCUGGGUCAUGAGCAUGGUCAUAGUCAUGGCCAUGAUCAUGGGCACGGCGGGGAGGAUCAUGGUCAUGCACAUAACCAUGGGCUAAACAUAGAUACGCGUCACCACCACCAUCAUCAUGAGAGGAGCUCUGAGCACUAUGAUGAGCAUCAUCAUACUCAUGAUUCACAUCAUUCUGAGCCUCUUCUCAGGACGUACUCAGAAAGUGAGCCUAAAAAAAAGAAACAACGGAACAUCAAUGUACAGGGGGCUUAUCUCCAUGUGUUGGGAGAUUCCAUUCAAAGCAUUGGGGUGAUGAUUGGCGGGGCAAUAAUUUGGUAUAAACCAGAAUGGAAGAUUAUUGAUCUGAUAUGCACUCUUGUAUUUUCAGUAAUUGUAUUAGGCACAACGAUCAGGAUGUUGCGGAAUAUUCUGGAGGUUCUGAUGGAGAGUACACCGAGAGAGAUUGAUGCUACUAGACUUGAGAAGGGUCUCUGCGAGAUGGAUGAGGUGGUUGCUGUCCAUGAACUGCACAUUUGGGCCAUAACAGUAGGGAAGGUUCUAUUGGCUUGCCAUGUUAAGAUCAAACCUGAGCCUGAUGCUGACAUGGUACUUGACAAGGUCAUAGACUACAUUAGGAGAGAAUACAAUAUCAGUCAUGUAACCAUUCAAAUAGAGCGCCAGUAAGUAGAGGUUAUACACUGUUUGAUUAAUAUCAGCUGUAUGGUUCAGAACAAUUUAGUCUAUAAUUCUUUUUUCAUCUGUUAAAAGAUCAUAUCAUUGACUGCUUUUUAUGAGAUAGAGUGAAGGGCUUUUGGCUCAUUUCUCAUGAGCCAUUCACAUAA